AUACUUCUUCCGUGCGGCGCAAGACGGAGCAUCGCCUUCACGCGUGUGGUCUUGGCGUGUGGGGCUUGGUCAGGCGAGGUGGCGGCGCUGGCGGGAAUAGGGGCUGGCGAGGGCGUCCUGGCCAUGCCCUUGCACAUUUAUCCCAGGAAACGGUAUGUUUAUAUCGUUCACGUCCCCGGGCUACCAGGGGCCAACACGCCAAUAUUCAUCGAUACGAGCGGCACAUAUUUCAAGCGGGAAGGCCUUAACACUCACCUCUACACCGUCGGAAAGUCCCCUACUGAGGAACAGGAACCUUCCAUUGAUGACCUCGAAAUCGACUACGAUUUCUUCGAGAACGAAGUGUGGCCAGUGCUUGCUAACAGAGUACCUGUCUUCGAGAACCUCAAGUUACAGGGAGCCUGGGCAGGUUACUAUGACUACCAUACCCUGGAUCAGAAUCCCAUCAUUGGCCCGCAUCCGGUCUACGCCAAUAUGUUCAUCGUGACUGGCUUCAGUGGCCAUGGUGCCCAGCAUGCAGCAGGAGCAGGACUGGCCACAUCAGAGUACAUUUUGGAGGGAAAAUUUUCAACCAUUGAUCUAAACCGUUUUUGUUUUGAAAGAGUUCUCACGGGUGAGGCAGUCAGAGAGAAAAAUGUUAUAUAAGAGUGAAGUUAUGUCCUCACUAUGUGAAUUCUGGCAUUAAUGUUUUAUUUGAGGUAGAUUAACCUAAGGGACUAUGCCUUUACACAAAAGUCCAUAAAGGUUCAUGCUAAUAUGGACUUGUGUAACAAGAUUCAGUUGAACUUUGGUAAGCAUGCUUCUUUUGGUUAAGAGUUAAUUUUAUUUGAUGAAAAUUGCUCUUACAUUACAUGCACUUAGAAACUGAUAUCAGUGUCAAAUUUAGUGACAGUGUACCAUAUUUGCUUUUAAUUUGAAGUUCAGCUAGUUAUUAUACUUUUGAUUAACAUUUUUACAAUUCUGAUAAUCAUUCUAUUCAUGAAGUACAUGUCGACAAAUACUAAACAUAGUUAAAAACCUAAUAUUUCAUACUUUCCAUCAGAGUAGGUCAUUUAUUACUUACUGACAGGGCAGAAAAUAAUGCAAUGGACAUUUGAAUUUUAUUCUUAUCCUUAGCUAGAUUUGCCUUUAGUAUAAUCAUUUUAUGAAUAGGGUUUCAGGAAUGUAUCUGGUGAAACAAAUAUUCUACAUAAAAUCUUUUUACACUAUAUAUGCUUCUUGGAAGAGGACAGAUACAAAUCACUGGACACUAAAUAUUUACUGACAAGUAGCUGGGUACAAAGCAAAAUAUACCACCUUCAACAAAGCAGUAAAUGGAAUGAACAAAUGUACAUCCAGGGUCUAUUUUUCUUCUUAUACUUAUCUAUAUAUCUAAUAUACACAUCAAAACCAAUAACAAGAUGAAAUAUUGAGAACAAAAUGAAACAAAAAUAUAUAAAUCUAAUCAAGAUGAUGUACAAG